AUGGGUGUGAAUGUAGAAGAUGGUAAGGAAGAUGAAGAAAUCGAGGUGCUUAAUAAUGACAUAUUGAUAUCUGAGUCGUCAUCUGAUGAGGGGGCGAUAAAAAAUUUUGGUUCAUCUGAAGAGUUGAAAAACAAAAUAAAACAACAUGCUGUCGAGACUAGAAGAGAGAUUGUCAUAAUUAAAAAUGACAAAAAUAAGGUAAGGGCUAUUUGUAAAGAUAGUAUACCAGACCUUAUUGAAGUAGGUGUUGGUGGGUCUAUUGAAGAAAGGAAGUGCCCAUGGGUCCUAUAUGCAAGCAAGUGGAGUAACGAUGCAGAUUGGGAGGUGGAAAGUAACCCCACAAUUCCUACAGGAGCUUUACAAGAACAACUCCAAUCUCAAUACCAAUGUGAAAUUUUGAAGAUGAAGGGACUGUUGCAUGUAGUAGGGACACUUUUUCCAUGUGCAGAACAUAGGUUUUGUCUACGCCAUAUAUACGAAAACAUGAAAAAACAGUGGAGGGGAAGUGAAAGGUCAGCUCUUGCAGUAGUAGCAUCCUCAACUUCAAAUUCUGAUCUUCAAGCUUUGAUAGAAGUGAAAGAUCGGCUCUUGCAUGAUCAGACUCUUCUUCAUCAACCGAGCAAAAAAAAACCACAAGUUGUUACCUGA